GGGCUCUAUGGAAGGAGAAAAAAAGACAACACGAGAAAAAUUAGUAUUUUCUACCUUCAGAAAUUAAUGGCCAUGAGUUCGUAUAUGGUGAACUCUAAGUAUGUGGAUCCUAAAUUUCCUCCUUGCGAGGAAUAUUUACAGAAUAACUACUUAGCUGAGCAGGGCUCCGACUAUUACAGUGCAUCGCAAGGCUCUGAUUUUCAGCAUCAGGGAAUCUAUCCACGGUCAAACUACAGCGAGCAGCCCUUUAGCUGUGCCAAUGCCCAAGACUCUGCAGUGCAGCCGCGGGGUCAUGGACAGGAGCAAUCCGGCCCACCGAGCCACUUCCCCGGUCAAUCAGAGCAUUGUCUGCCGCCUCCAAUAUCCAACUCGCGAGCCUGCAGCCAGCAGCAAAACCUCAAAACCCCAAACGGGUCAGCAAUUAAACAGCCAGCAGUAGUUUAUCCCUGGAUGAAGAAAGUCCAUGUUAACUCGGUGAAUCCCAAUUACACCGGAGGGGAACCUAAACGCUCCAGAACAGCCUACACAAGGCAGCAAGUCCUAGAACUGGAAAAAGAAUUUCAUUUUAACAGGUAUCUGACUAGGCGUCGUCGUAUUGAAAUAGCCCACACUUUGUGUCUCUCUGAACGCCAGAUCAAGAUCUGGUUUCAGAAUAGAAGAAUGAAGUGGAAAAAAGACCACAAACUGCCCAACACUAAGGGUAGGUCUUCUUCAUCUGGUUCAAACCAACAUUUACAGACUGUUUCCAAGGACCAUCACACUGACUUGACAACUUUAUAG